AUGGCGCAGGAAGUUUAUCCUGAAGAAGUGGACGUGUUCAAAAUACCACAUCUUCGUAUGAAACAAAUCGUUUGUGAAGCUACAGAACAGAUAUCCACAACAAACUUUCAAGACAAUAAAUCAUUAUAUGGACUAUUAUCCCGCUUUAAUCACAUUUUUCAUGAACUCAAAAACCAUGAGGAAGUUGAGAACACUUGUAUCAUGGGAAAGCUACAGCGUCGUUUAACCAAUGACCAGAUAGCAGCUAUUGUUAAAGACAUUCAUAAACACAGCCAUGUCCGUGAAAUUCUAUUUUUGAUCAAGAGGGGCUUUAAGACUGCUAGACGGAGAAAGACUUUGUUGAAUAUUCUCAACUAUGAAACUAAGCUCAGGAAGGCUGUUGAUGAGUUUGAAAAAGACUUUUUUCCUCACAUGAGGCAUGAGGAAGAGGUUUUUCAGCCUCUUUUGAUGCAAUAUUUUUCAUACGAAGAGCUAAAAACCAUCAAAGAAAAAGUAGUUGAUUUACACACAGCUUUCUCUGAGAGCCAGUCUGUAAUUAACAUUCCUGACUUGACCCACCCAGAUUUCAUAUCAUCAGACAGUAGUUCUUCUGACAGCGAAACUGAUGAAAACAGCAAAACACACUCUACAAUAACAAACAUUGAAACACAGCCAAAACUGGUGAAAUACCCACCAGAAAUAAUACUGAAAAUAUUUUCAUAUUUGAACCCAAAAGACUUAUGCCGUGCUGCACAAGUGUGCAGGAAAUGGUCAUUCUUAGCCAGAGACGGACAACUUUGGCAAGAGCUCUUCCCAGCAAGGUGGAUAUUUCGCAAUGAUUGGCGGUUUGGGUUACCAAGCGACGAUGAGGUCUGUGACUGUAAUUGUAAAGGGUCUUUUGAUUCUCUUGAUGAAGAUUUUCAGCUCAUGGAAUUAAGAAGUUGCUAUGCUGAUGAUGAUGCUGAUGUUGACGAGUCUGGCAACAGUGAUGACGAUGAUGAAAAUGACCAUGAUGAGAAAAGACUCCUCAUGAAAGCAGGUUUACAAAGAAUGCUGGGAAUGGCUGAAAACCUCCUGCCUUACAUAGGCAAGUCUGUCCAAGUCCUAAGUCUUGGGUGUUCACCUGUAUUGAGUAAUGGGCUGGUUUUCAAGAUCUUGUCCAAAUGUCCAAAUGUCGUAAAUGUAGUCAUGUCACAGACCAGUGUUACAGACUAUGGGCUAAAAGGGCUUUUUUCCAAAGGAGGAGGGUCCAAGCUUUCUGUGUUAGAUCUUUCUGGUUGUAAACUCAUUACAGACAAGACUCUAGCAAGACUGUCUGAGGCUCUGGGUCAGUUUACUGUUGAUACUGACAUUGAAGAAGAAAACACACUGACAUGUGGCUGUAUGGUAGAGCAGUCUCGGGCAUCUAGAACUGCUAGGUGUUCUCUGAGGUACCUUAGCUUGUCUGGUUGUUAUCAGAUUACAGAUCAGGGUUUGAGAUAUUUAGCCAGUAAUGGUGGUCUACCAAGCCUUCAGUAUCUUGACCUUUCUGGUUGUCUCAAUGUCACAGCUCAAGGUCUCAUUGAACUAGUGUCUGUCUGUCCAUCCCUGGAUCAUGCGCAGUUCUUUUACUGUGAUAAUAUAUAUGAAGGACCAUAUCAAGACACUGCAAGUGGCUGUCAGAAUUUGGAGUGCACAUAUAGAGUGUGUUGCCGUCUGGGAUAAGUCUCAUGAGACWACAAUAUUAUGGAUGGGAAAUCRUCCUUGAAAAAGUUGCUUCAAUUUCCAGCUGUUUGUAUUAUAGUUAAUACUUGUGUUGUAACUGAUUCGUUGUAACUGAUUCGUUGAUAUUAUAUUGUUAUAAUGUUCUUUUUUUAAAUGCAUCCAAUGCUGUUUAAAGACCCUUUGGGUUGAGAAUAGAAUUACCCUAAUCAGAUGCAACCAUUUUUCAAAUGGUCUGUAACUGGUGCACACAUAUAGAUUUACAAAAGAUACGAAGUUGCCAAAGGCUAUGAUUGGUCACUUUUUAUACCAAAUAUAAUAUUGUAGUUAAAAAAUUGUUGUACAAAUUYUAAAAAGUUAUAGAAUGGUAAUAAUUAUAGAUUCAAACAUAUUUAGUGGAUGGCACAGCAUUAUCUGAUAAUUGCAAUAGAGUGCUGAUGAAUGUCUCAUGAUCUGGACAUUUAGUCAAUAAGAUAAAAUUGAAAUAAAAUGAAACCAUGAUUUUU